AUGGAACGUCUAUCAGGCGACGGCGAGGCAGCACUGAUUCUAGAUGAACUGCCUCGACCGCCUAAGAGAAAGUGGCGUAAACGAAAGCGCCAACAGAGACGUGCUCUGUGGAGAAGGCCAUACGGACGUUUUAGGAGCAACUUCGUUAACACUGAAAACAUACGAAAAGGGGUUUCGCCGGAAACAUCCUGGCCUCCGGGACGGCAUAAGCGGCCUCCGCUAGUGACCGAUGACCCGGCGGAAAAUCGAGACAACGAAGACCCGGAGUGGGAACCGAUGCGCCGACUCACCUGCGACGAAGAGCGAUACAAGGCCGUUUCCAGGGUCUGGCACAGCAGGAGAGCCCCAGAUCCCCAGGAGGACCUCACGACUUUUCACUACCGCCGACGCACACUGGGCAUCGGGCGUUCGGCGCUGCCGUCGUCUCGCAGCCGUCGCAAGCGCAAAGCUUCGCGCGACUCCCAACGCGACUCGGACGAAGCCAAGCGUCAGCGACUGGACACCGAAAUAUUCGACAGCAAGAUCGCAGAAGCCAAGCAGGACAGGGAACGCGAGAUGGAGAAAGCCCGAGACAAGCUCAAUCGAUGCCUGCGCGAAGUCCGAAAGGAAAGGAGAAGGCGCGAGAGACGAGACGAUAGCUCGUCUUCGUCGUCUAGGAGAUCCAAGAGAGGGCGCAGCAACUCUUCUUCUCGCAGUCGAAAACGACGCAGUUCGUCGAGGCGCAGUCGAAGACGCCACAGUUCAUCGGACAGCGACUCUUCGUCUAGAAGACGCAGGAGGAGUAGGUCUCGUUCUUCCCAGGUCGAACGAGACUCGUCGACCGCGAGGUCCGGAAGAAGGCGACGUCCUUCUAGAGACACUGGUGGCUAUUCGUCCUCGCGGCGCCGAAGUGGACGCAGCCGGUCCUCCGAGGACAGACGCAGCUCGACCUUAUCUUCCGAACUCAGCGAAGGCGGCUACUCGUCCAAGUCACGCAGGAGAGGUCGCCGCCGACGACGACGACGCUCCGAAAGCGCGACCGAUUCCUCGCGCAGCUAUCGCAGUUAUCGCAGCUCGAGGAGUCGCAGGAGCCGCCGUCGUACCCCGGACAGCGGCGACUCGUCGCCGAGAAGACGCAGAAGACGCGGUUCCUCCGAAAGCAGCGGUGGCUACGCAACCAGCAGGCGGAGCAGGAGCCGACGUCAUUCUCAAAGCGACUACGACCGUUCACCGAGCUAUCGGUCCAGGGAUGGGUCGGAGGAGGGUUCUCGAUACUGGAAGAUGCGGGAGCGAAAGAUCCGAGACGACUUCGAGGCCGACAGGCAAGACAUCAGCAGCAAGUACCACGCCGAGGUAGACAAGCUGGUAGCCGUCAGAAGAGAGGUGAGCCGCGUCAACGACUUCUACAUGGGACUGACGCACACCGACCCGCGGAUGCUGUCCGCUAGCAACGUGUGUGACUAUCAGAAGCUGGAUUCGAUGCUUCGAGAAAUGGAGAAAACGUACGCCACGGCGGCAUGGCGCUGA